AUGCGAGAGGCGUUGGGUGAUCCAAACCGUGGAGGGGUGGCGGUAGAAUCGGGAGCUGGAGUUGCAGGUAGGCUUGCUGAUGUUGUUGUCGUCGCCAAGGAGGCCGAUGAGGGAAUAUUCUUCUCCGGAGGUACUCCGGCGGCGGCGGUGGUGGUGGCGGAGGAAGAGGAAGAACAGGAGCAGAAACGUAGCGAGUUCCUGGCUCCGCGACCGCCGCCGCCGGCACCUCUUCUCUCCCGAACGAGAUCUCUCGUCGCUUCCCGACGGGUGAACCCUGAGGUGUACAUGUGGACGGAGGGAUGCGCAAACGAGGGGGGAUGUGAUGGGACGCUGGCGGAGGGCCCUCCACCAGGAUGGCAGGGGGAGAAUGCGGCGGCGACAGGCAGAUUCCUAUGGUCGUCCUCCGGCGGCGAGAUCUGCGACGGCUGCUGGUGUGCCGACUGUGAGGAUGGCUUCGGGAGGAAGCACUACGCCAAUGGAGACUUCUACGAGGGAAACUGGCGGCGCAAUCUCCAAGAAGGACGAGGGAGGUACGUUUGGCGCAAUGGAAACCAGUACAUCGGACAGUGGCGAGGCGGCGUGAUCUCCGGCCAUGGCGUUCUGAUCUGGUCCAAUGGCUGCCGCUACGACGGUGAGUGGGAGAAUGGCGUCCCCAGAGGCAGCGGGAUCUUCACCUGGCCCAACGGCAGCAGCUAUGUCGGUUGCUGGAGCAGGGAGCUCAUGGACUUCUAUCACCACCGGCGACGGCAACUUCCCCGGAGGAGCAACCCUAACCCUAAGCAGGCCCCCUUCUUCGUAUCAUCUCCAUCUUCACCAGCGAGGAAGCGCUUCUCCUUGGAUGGUGCUUUGGUGAGGGUCAGCCAUGCGGAGAAGAACCUUCCCCGGAUCUGCAUUUGGGAGUCCGACGGCGAGGCCGGCGACAUCACCUGCGAGAUUAUCGACACGUUCGAAGCUUCGAUGAUGUGCAGGAUGGGGAAGUCGCCGGAGGAGGAGGCGAAUGUGGGAUCGAAGGGAGCUGAUAGGCAGCUCCAGCGCAGUCCCUGCUUCUCUCUCGGGAGUGAGGCGAAGAAGCCCGGAGAGACCAUCUCCAAGGGGCACAAGAACUAUGAUCUGAUGCUGAACCUGCAACUGGGCAUCAGGUGAUCCUCUCAUCUCUUCCACUCCUUCCGAGCCUGGAGAAGACGAUUCAUCGUGUUCUGGGUGGAAACUGUUGCGGCCAUUUGCUUGAAUCUGCUUUGAACUGGGUGGCUCUUCCAGGUAUUCAGUCGGUAAGCUUGCUUCGUUGACCCAGAUGAGAGAUCUCCGGCAAGGGGAUUUUGAUCCCAAGGAGAAGUUCUGGACCAGGUUUCCCCCAGAAGGGUCGAAGAUCACCCCUCCCCAUCAGUCGGUCGAGUUCAGGUGGAAGGACUACUGCCCAAUGGUCUUCAGGUACUAAAAAACCCUAAAACCUUCGCAUCUCUUCUUUCCCAAAUGAUGCUUGGAUUCAUCCGGGGGUUUGCUCUUGCUCUUCCUUUUACCCACCGCUCGUCUCCAGAAUAGGAAAUAAAUCUCUGUGAUGCUCAAACAGGCAUCUAAGGAGGCUUUUUGCGGUUGACCCUGCGGAUUACAUGCUAGCUAUCUGUGGGAGCGAUGCUCUGAGAGAGCUUUCUUCGCCGGGUAAAAGCGGGAGUUUCUUCUAUCUGACCCAGGACGAUCGCUUCAUCAUAAAGACGGUCAAGAAGUCAGAAGUGAAGGUCAGAUCGAUAUCCCAGCCUCAUUUUAUCAUAUACCCAGACGGUAUAUGGAUCCAAGUCAACCACAGGCAGACCAAAGUAUUCUCUUAUGAAUUUUCAUUAUGAAAAAAUAGUGGGGGAUGGAUUUUAUUAUUAUUUUUUAUUUUUUAUUUUUGCUGCCCUGUAUCUGAAUUCGAACUUUGCACAGGUGCUGAUCAAGAUGCUGCCAAGUUACUUCCAGCAUGUCUGUCAAUAUAAGAGCUCACUCGUCACAAAGUUCUACGGGGUGCACUGCGUAAAACCCAUCGGAGGGCAGAAGGUGCGUUGACCUUUUCCCCUGUGGACUUCUCUGGAUCAUGCAUGGUCAACAUCACGGCCACAUUUGUCACCUGCAUUUUUUUUUUCCUGUCAAAAAACAGGUCCGGUUUAUUGUGAUGGGCAACCUGUUCUGUUCGGAGUUCCAUAUCCACAGAAGAUUUGACCUAAAAGGAUCUUCUCACGGCCGGAUGACAGACAAACCCGAGGGAGAGAUCGACGAGACAACCACCCUCAAGGAUCUUGAUCUCAACUUUGUAUUCCGCCUGCACAAGAUAUGGUUUGAGGAACUCAUGGGGUGAGCACGAUUCUUUCUCCAGAUUUGCCUUCAGCUCUGGAUAUGAACAUAUAUGGGUGGGUCCUUGAUCAUAUGAUUUAUAUGUGUAUGAUCUCAGACAAAUCGAUCGAGAUUGUGAGUUCUUGGAAGCGGAGGGGAUCAUGGAUUACAGCCUUCUGGUGGGUCUGCACUUCUGCGGCGACAUCUCAUCAUCGAAGACGAGCCUCUCGGCCUGCAGCUCAUCUCCUUGUAGGGUUUCCUCUGUUCAUCAUCUUGUUCUGAAGCUUUCUAGGAAUCAUUCUGACUCCUCCCGAUUUCAUGGCAGGUACGAGCGAUUCAGACUGGGUUCUGGAUGGACGGUACUUUCCUUUCCAACCACAAUACUGGGAUUUUAUCAGUCUCUUCCCAUGUUCUUAUCGUUGGUUCCUCUCUGUUGUUGUUGGGAAAUCAGAAGGCCAUUGAUUCGGCUGGGGGCGAACAUGCCGGCGAGGGCGGAGCAGAGCGGCCAUGGUGGGGAGACCUUCGAGGUGAUCCUCUACUUCGGGAUCAUCGACAUCCUGCAGGACUACGACAUCAGCAAGAAGCUCGAGCACGCCUACAAGUCCCUGCAGGCCGAUCCCUCCUCCAUCUCCGCCGUUGACCCCAAGCUCUACUCCAGGAGGUUCCGCGACUUCAUCCGGAGAAUCUUCGUGGAGGACAGAUGA